AAAGUUGCUUAAAAUAAGCUAUUCUAAAACAAACAAAAAAAAGCUUACUUAAAGGUGAACCACCCCUUUAGCACUAUAGUUACAUUGUUGACAAUUAUGUCCUUCCGACUUUAUGUUGACAUUUUGGGGAUGACCCUUUUCUGUGCAAAAAGUGGAACAGAAGUGUGCUGAAUGAGGGAACCAACUCCUUGGAUGUUGCUCCCAGUGGCCUCAAAGCAGGUGCUUAUUUUUGAAUUCCUGGCUUGGAGAUAAGCUUUGGUUUCACAAAAACCAGGUGUACUGCCAGAGCCUCCUGUAGGCUGCCAAUCCACUUAGGGGGCUACCAAAUAGCCAAUUAUAGAGCUUAUUUUGCACCCUCAAGGACAUUUUUCAUGUUUGUGUUGCUCCCCAACUCUUUGUACAAGUGAAUGUGGCUUACUGGUAAAAAAAAAAGUUUGGGAACCCCUGUUCUAGUGCAUUAUGUUCAUUAUGCUAAUUGUGCUCUUGGGGACAAUCCGCACUUGUAUGGUGUCAUCUCAUCAUUUAUGAUUUUUUCAAUAACAACUCAAAAACCAAAAUAAAAAAAAAAAUAAGGUAGCAAUCCUAGGACAUAGUGUAUUACAUAUACAUUUUUUUAUUAUAAAUGUUAAUUCACAUACAUUGUAGGUCACCACCACGGGCUGAUUUUAAUGGAGACUUGGGUGGAAAGAUUUAAACUGCUGAUUUUGUCCCUUCAGAACAAGUUGCUAGCUUCUUUGCUUGUGUAUGGACCUUGUAAGGACUAUCUGAUCUACCAGAUUUCUAUUGGACAGGUUUAAAAAUCCCAACAGAAUGAGGGCCGCAUUGGUUCGUUGAUGCAGUCCUCUUAUGAUCCAAAUAUUUGGACCUCAGCUUAAACAAACCUUCCUAAACGAGCACCUUAAGCCUCCCCAAACCAACAAAAGUGAGUAAACCUGCAACUAACAGUAUGUAGUUAUUCUACAACAUGCUGGCACCCAUUUAUCCAGCACAGGGUUGUAGAGUUAUUAUACAUGGAAUUGACAUUUUAUCCUAUGAUGUGUUCUGGGGGAAUUGUAUAUUGGAUUGGCACUGAAUUUAUCCUGCCAUAUGUUCUGAGGUGUAUGAAAUGGGCACUAUAUUCUAGGUGUUAUAUAUAGGACACUCACUCUACAAUUAUCCUGCAAGUUGUUUAGGGGAAUAUUUUACAUAAAAUUGCACCUUGACUUAUGUUCUGCGUUAUUAUAUAUGGAAUUGGCACUGUAUAUAUCGUGCCAUGUUUUCAAGGGUAUUGAACAUGACACUGCCACUGUAUUUAUCCUGCCAUGUGUUCUGGGGUAUUAUACAUGAUAUUGCCACUGUAUGUAUCCUGCCAUGUGUUCUGGUGUAUUAUACGUGAAAUUGGUACUGUAUCUAGCCUUGCAUGUGAUCUGGUGUAUCGUAUAUGAUUCUGGCACUGUAUUUAUCCUGUCUUGUGUUCUGGAGUAUUAUACAUGAUAUUGCCACUGUAUUUAUCCUGCCAUAUAAUCUGGGGUAUUGUAUUGGUAUGGAACUGACCCUGGGAUACUAUGAAGGAAUUUGUGUAGAUAAUGUAUUUAAUUAGCCUUUUCAAACCUAAUCACACUCCUAUCUGCCUAUAGCAGAGUAGGGAUCCAUGCUGCUUUGCCAGUCUCCAGUAGCCACCAAGAACCAGGUGGAGACUUUGACUGUCUAACAUUUGCUUUUUUUCAUGCAGAUUCAAUCAGACAGCAUUGUUUCUACAGCUUGCUUAAACAGGAAUCCCACAUUAUACCCUGGGACAAUAUGUACAAUCCACUCCCUGCUCCGCCUCCGUGUGCACACUCCCCUGUGCACUUAUCAACACUGGAGUGGACUGGAAGGUUUCCACCACACUUGUCUGACCCCCACGCUCUACUGUACAUCAUCUUCUUUUGAUCCAGUUCCAGUUCCGACAACCUUUGGCCCAGCUGCCUGGCUCACUGGAGAGUGUUUACCUCCUGCCUGUGACGGAUCACCAUGUCCAAGAAUCUUCACAAGGACGCUAUCCGCACCCUGAACACUCUGCAAACAAAUGCCAAUUACCUGGACCAGGUCAAGAGGCAGCGGUAUGAUCCGGCAGAGCAGCUUCAGAUGAUGCAACAGUUCCUUGAGAGGAGCGGCCUGCAGGUGGAAGACUUGGACAAGCUGAAUAUUAUACAUGUCACCGGAACCAAGGGCAAGGGGUCCACAUGUGCUUUUGUGGAGAAGAUUUUGCGCAACAAUGGCCUGAAAACUGGAUUCUACAGCUCCCCACAUUUGGUGCAAGUGAGAGAGAGGAUUCGAAUCAAUGGGCAGCCAAUCAGCAAAGAGCUUUUCAGCAAAUACUUCUGGCAGGUGUACAACCGCUUGGAAGAAACUAAUGAUGAAGAGAACCCCUGCAUGCCACCUUACUUCCGCUUCCUCACUAUCAUGGCUUUUCACAUCUUUCUUGAACAGAAGGUAGACCUUGCUGUUCUGGAAGUUGGCAUUGGGGGAGCAUACGACUGUACCAAUAUCAUCAGGAACCCAGUGGUUUGUGGUGUCUCAUCCCUAGAUAUCGACCACACAAGCAUCCUGGGCGACACCAUUGAGAAAAUCGCUUGGCAGAAGGGGGGGAUAUUUAAGCCAGGUGUCCCUGCUUUCACAGUCUCCCAAACAGCUGGCCCAUUGGAGGUGCUGAGAAAACGAGCAGAGGAGAUUGAGUGCCCCCUCUACAUGUGCCCUGAUCUUACUGCGUAUGAGGAUGACGGCAUUAGCCUACAGCUGGGUCUGGCAGGGGAUCAUCAGAAACUCAAUGCAGCAUUGGCAUUACAGCUGGCACAGACAUGGCUUCAGCACCAAGGCUAUCCUGGUGUUGGAGAACAGAAGAGUCCAAGCUGCCACCUUCCACCAGUGAAAUGGCCCUUCCCUCUGGCAUCAGCCUUCCGUCCCAGCAUCCCUAUGGUUCAAGGGCUGCAGGAUACCAUUUGGCUGGGAAGGACACAGAUCUUGAAACGGGGCCCAAUUUCCUAUUACAUAGAUGGGGCACAUACCAGCAGCAGCAUAAAGGCCUGUGUGAGGUGGUUCCGUGAGGUGGCUCUCGAGGAAGAAAAGGCUGGAGGGGGAUCUGUGGUCCGCGUUCUUCUGUUUAAUGCCACAGGAGAGAGGGACACUGCUGCCUUGCUGAAGCAUCUACAGCCCUGCCAUUUUGACUAUGCCGUGUUCUGCCCAAAUAUCAGUGAAGUCUCAGGAGUGGGAAUGGCAGAUCAGCAGAAUUUUAACGUGACCCUGGAGAACGUCCUGACUCGAUGCCUUGAGAACCAAAAGACAUGGAAUCAGCUGAAUGAAGAACGCAGCUGUUCUGCCCCGUGGGGUUCUUCCUUGGCUGUAGAUGCCCUCAUUAAAGACAGCCCACGUGGCUCUCCGCUGCUUCUCGCCCCUUCCACCGAGCGCUUUCUGAACUGCAAUUCCUUGGUGUUCCCAUGCAUCUCUCAUGCCCUGCAAUGGGCAACCCAAGGAAGAGACAUAGAGUUCCCAUGCCUGGACAUUAACCUGCUCCACCACCACCCUGUGGCCAGCUCGGGCUCAGUACUUUUGAGAGAAGCGGCAUGCAUCCAAGUUCUGGUUACUGGGAGCUUGCACCUUGUAGGGGGAGCCCUGAAACUGCUCGACCAAUCUCUGUCUCAAUAAUACCAAAUCAGGUUCUUAAAUAAUUUUUACUUGAAUGACAGGACUUCUCCCCGUUGCUUGUUUACUACUUAGUUCCAGAGACCUCUAUGAUGCAUUUUUAGCAUCUAAUCUGUCAUUAUCUCUAAAGAAAUUAUUCUGUGGUGCUACAGCCCCCCUUGUGUAGCUGCAAAUGUUCCUUCCCCCUAAAGCUGCUGUUUCCCAAUAGCCCUGCUGCGGUUGCCUUGUUAUACAAUAGUGAGGGGUAUCUAGGUACUACCAUGAUUUUUUUAUUUUACAUAAUGUCCAAAAUAUUUAUUAAUAAUAUUUGUGCCAUUUUCUUUAUCCCUAUUUAUUAUUUUGAUGUCAUUCUGCAGCCUCUCCUGUAGAGGCCUUUGUUUAGCAGCUGUGGAAUUCUGUAUGCACUGUUCCUUAUUCAGAAUAUUGUGCUUUGUAGCAAUAAAACUUGUCUUUUUUUUUU